AGAUCUGGCAUCGUUGCAGUUAUAUAACCACACUACACUACAUAAGGAAGUACAAUACUGGGCUGGGAGGAUGUGCGCGGAGACAUCAACUGGCCCCCCGACGAUAAACCAGAAGCUACACUGCCGCAAUGAUGGCGUUAAGAGUUGUUGGUGUUUUGGCUGGUCUGAGUUGUGUGUUGUGUCAGGGACAGAACAACCUGCCCUUCCUACCAAAGCCACCAGCACCUGGCCCCUGUCCUCUUGUGCCUGUAGUAAACAACUUCGACCUGCAAAGGUACCUUGGGAGGUGGUAUGAAAUCGAGCGUUUUUUCAACCCUUUCCAAAAUGGUGAAUGUGUGACUGCUGACUACGAGUUAUUCCCAAAUGGCACCGUCUCUGUUAUUAACACUCAAAUCUCAGAAGGUGAACUGGAUUCUAUUUCCGGCUUCGCUGAGCUCGGUCCUAACCAGUCUGAAGGGAAAUUAGUGGUCGACUUCCCAUUCUCUGAAGGUAGUUUCUCGCCAGACGGUGUACCUAACUACAUAGUGGUGGCCACAGACUACAGUAACUACGCUGUCGUACACUCCUGCACCUAUCUCGGCCCUGAACUCAAAUUGGAGUUCUCGUGGAUUCUGGCACGUGAGCCAAAUGUUCCCGCGAGCUUCCUGAUGGCGCUGAAGGAAUGGCUGAAAAUAGUCAAUAUAGACGCCAGCCGCUACCUGCCCACCCUACAGACACCCUAUUGUCCCCGACGACAAGUGUAGCAGUUCUCCCACCACCCUGCAGGAUUCCUACUGAUCCUGACAACUGUGGGACCUGCCAAUCUCUCCUCCUGCAGCUUUUAAAAGACACUGUAAUUCACGAAGCCAGGUGUUGCUUUGUCUUGAUGAGGUGUCUCGUACUCUCGUCCCAGAAAGCCAUGUGGAAGCAGGCGUCCACACACACACACCAUUCCCAAGUGAACCCUGAACAAGUUUGAUAUCCGACACCUUGGUAAUAUUUUUGUAAUUUAACUUUGGUUCUGGCCUGAAAUGGAUUCUGAAGGGAAUGCCUCGUUCAGUACUGUAGACCAGCGUAAGUAGAUCAGUGUUAUUUCUAAAUACUACAAUAUAAUGUUGAUUUGCUGAUGUAAAUGCACUUUGUACAAUUAUUAACAUAGUCAGUAUCUGAUGUCGCAUGAAACACUUAUCAGCCAUGUUAUUUGGUUCGUCUGUAUUGAGUUUCGUCUUUGGUGUAUGAAUCACUGCCACAUCCAUCCAAGAUAAUGCAUGUGUGUGUGCAUACAUCUUUAAAUGAAAAAGAGCUUAAAGCAAUAA